CCGAAGACGUCGUACCACGCGCGCGCGCAUGCAGGCAGGCAGCGCUCGAGCACACGGCGAGUGACUCCAACCUUAAAGCGUCCCGUCUUGAGGGCUACACAGCGCUGGGAGGUUAAGAAACAAAACCAAAAACUUCUCACAGAAACUUUCAUUCCAUUCCCAGUUAUUCUCCUCAAGACGGAAUCAAACUCCGAGUUGGAUACCUUCCAGCGAAAACAUCUUUCGAAGCUGUUUUGAUACGAGUUGUGCGUGGGGUUUUUUUCACCGUAUGUUCGUAUUGGCGCCGGGCUCGCGCUCACUCUCUCUCGCGACUGGCUUUUUUCACGCAGAAGUUUGACCUCGCGAGACUGCCGAUACAAACCCGUCUUUUAAAACAGUAUUUUUUCCCUCCCCUGUAGUCUUUGUUUGUUUGUUUGUUUGUUUUUUAAAAAAGGUCUUCAUCAACUUUUUAAACCAGAAACGGACGGUGAAAACUCCCACCGUCUCCGUGAGCAACUUUUUUUUUUUUUUUUAAAUUUGCUUUUAAAGUGAACUCCACGAGACGCCGCAUCUCCAUGUGGAAAUCCGAAGACGGGCUCAGAGAUACAUUUUAACCGAAGCGAAAGUCGUGUUUUGUCACCGCUUGUGUGUGCAGAAAGCUUCGACGCGACGAUGAAGGCGAUUGUUGCGCUCGCGGUGUGUGUAUCCGCAGUGAUUUGUGCCUCAGCCAGCCCGAGUGAACAGAAGUCCAAGAACUGCAAUGAAGUCCGGACGGCGUACAGCUCGAAGGGCUUCAACAGUAACGACGUCCCCAACAAAGGAGUGUACGAAGCCCAUCUGAAGGUGUGCCCUCAAGGCUUCUCAUGCUGCACUCUGGAGAUGGAGGAGAAGCUGAGUCAGCAGAGCCGCUCGGACCUGAAGGCCCCGAUCUCCCAACUGAGCGCCACCCUGCAGAGCAGCUUCACACAAAGACACCAACAUUUUGACCAGUUUUUCAGAGAGCUGCUCAACAAUGCCGAGAAGUCGUUGCACGACAUGUUCGUACUCACCUACGGAGUGAUGUACAUGAAGAACGCCGAGCUCUUCAAGCACUUCUUUCGUGACUUGAGGCUCUACUACACGUCGGGCAGCUCUGCCGUGCACCUCGAUAACAUGCUUUCCGAGUUCUGGUCCGAAUUGCUCGAGCGGAUGUUCCGCCUGGUCAACGCGCAGCACGAGUUCAGCGACGCGUACAUGGAAUGCGUGAGUCGGCAUACGGAGGAGCUGAUGCCGUUCGGCGAUGUGCCGCGCAAGCUGAGACUGCAGCUGAGCAGAGCCUUCAUCGCUGCCCGCACCUUCACCCUUGGCCUGCAGCUCAUACCUGACGUGGUCAGCAAAGUCUCCACGGUGAGUGCCUCUCCAAGCUGUGUGCGUGCUGCUAUGAAGAUGCUGUACUGCCCGUACUGCACAGGUCAAGUGGCUCUGAAGCCCUGUAAAAACUACUGCCUCAACGUUAUGCGUGGCUGCCUAGCCAACCAAGCCGACCUCGACACCGAGUGGAACAACUUCCUGGAUGCCAUGCUGAGUCUGGUUGAGAGACUGGAGGGACCAUUUAACUUUGAGUCAGUAAUAGAUCCCAUCGACGUGAAGAUCUCGGAGGCCAUCAUGAACAUGCAGGAGAACAGCAUGCAAAUCUCACAGAAGGUAUUCCAGGGCUGUGGGCAGCCUAGGAAAGAAUUACGCACCCGGCGUUCUACAAAAGACUCAGGAUUCCCUGGUCGCUUCCGGCCGUACAGCCCAGACACCAGACCCACCACUGCAGCUGGGACCAACAUGGAUAGACUGGUGGCAGAUGUGAAGAAGAAGCUGAAGUUUGCCAAGAAGUUUUGGUCUACUUUACCCGAGACGGUUUGUGUUGACGACAGGGUCAACCAGGGCGACGAGUGCUGGAACGGCACAGCCAAGAGCAGGUACGAGUCUGUGGUCUUGGGUAAUGGCUUAGCCAAUCAGGUCUCCAAUCCUCAUGUGGAAGUGGACAUCACCAAACCGGACGUUGUGAUUCGCAGACAGAUUGCUGUGCUGAAGGAAAUGACGACAUGGCUGAAAGCAGCUCACAGUGGAAACGACAUCACGUAUGACAACGAGGAUGGCAGUGGAGAGGGUAGUGGCAGUGGCUGUGAUCCGUCCUCCUGUGAUAGAGACAAGGAUAUCUAUUUCUCCACACCCACGCCCGUCAAACCCCGCCAAGAUACGGUAGUAAAGGAUUCCUCCAGUGGUGUGCGGCUGGCACCGUACAGCCUGUUGCUGGCCCUGGCAGCCGCUGCUCUGACCCUCCUGACCUCCCACAUCAGAUAAGAGCGCUUCAGAGGAGAGAGAUGAGCAUUAGUGCGGAGAAGAAACUGUCGGAGGGAUUUUUAAAAAAAUAAAACACAAAAAAAACACAAAAAAAACACAAACAAACAAACAAAAAAAAAAGAACAGAGACCACCUUUAAGACUAUGGUCUGUCUGCCAUCUAGGAAAGACUCUCAAGUUAUUAAUACUCAAAUAACUUCUCCCUAAUGUUUUUUUUUUUUCUUUUUUUAAUACAAAUGGACUCUCUCAUACAUGGGAUUCUGAAACAGAAACAUCACCCUUUCCGACCAUUUUCACCUGGACUUUGCUUCCCAAAGUCAUUAGCAGUGUUGACAGUACCACAUGGAGAUAAAGAUAGAUAUAUAUAUACAGAGAGAGAGAGCUAAUAUCUCUAUCUCCAUGUGGAGAUAUAUAUUUCUUCUAAAAGGAGCUUUACAGGCUGAGAUUUGAUCUAUAUUUGUGCGUUUGUGUGUGAGAGUCGGUAUGAAUGACAUUUUGUCCGAGAGAGACUUUCCUAAGAUAACUACUUAACGAAUUCCUAUACCAUCUUUAGACUGAGUGAAGCAAAAUGUAGCAGGUACACAAUCACCAGAGUUAAAACACCUCUGUUUGUGUGUGUGUGUGUGUGUGUGUGUGUGUGUGUGUGUGUGUGUGUGUGCUUCCGAUUUGCCAACUUGCAUGGCAUAGAUGUUGGCAAGCCUUUAAGAACAAAAUCCCUUCACCAAGCGUUUCUGUUUAUAAUAAAAGCUGAGGGCCAAGCCACAACAUAUGGUACAGAGUUAAAAUGGCUAGCAUGUGCAGAAUUGAAGGUCCCUUUGUUUUCUUUGUUGUUUUUUUUUUUUGUUUUUUUUUUAAAGCAAAUUUCUAUCAGGGAUGUCAGGUCUUUAUCAGAAAAGUGUACGGAGUAAUUUGGGGAAAUGGAGCGGAAAACUUCGUAACGUUUUUCCGUUCAUCUGAACGCUGAUUGGUUGACAAAAAUCGAUUAAAAGGUGACCUGAUAAUGACCCGUUUGUAAGUGAGGAGUGUGUACAGGCGUGACCAUUCAACUUUAUUCAUUUAGCUACAGCACGCACACUGCAAUUGAAACAGCCUGACUGCACACUGGCUGUUCUGUGCACAGAUACUUCAACGAGGAAGGAAAUCACAUCCACCUGGACAAAGGUGCGCUUGUGAAUUAGUUAGAGCGGAGUUUGAGACGUGGAAGAGUAAUAAUGAAAUUAACACAGGGUUUUAUUUGACGGUUUUUAAUUUCGCUUGAAAUGUAAUCUGAGGUGUAAAUCUAUAUAUCGGGUACUACAGCAGAUUUGCCUUGUCCAGAAUGACCGACGGUGCCGACUUGAGUGAGAUGGAGUGGUUUCUGUAUGUUUGUAAAUGUUUUCUUUCUUUCUCCCACUGGUCUAACCAAGCCCUAUUAGAGUACCCUGUUUAACUCCAUUUUUACCAUCUGAUCAUCAUCUCUGCAUUACAGUACAAGCUUAUGCCCCCCCCCCCUAACCUGGAACGUUAUUUUAACGUGUCCCUACGUCGGGAGACGAACGGCGCCUCUCGCAACGGUUGCACGUUUCUUACAUCAUCUUGCGGCUUGUGAACCGUUCUUCUUUCGCUCCACAGGCCGUCUGUGCAUGUAGGUUUUCUUUUUGAUGAGCGACGAGUACGGCUUUACGUUCGAAAGCAACCGAGGUCCUUACGUUACAACUUCUCAAACGAACCCGUCUCCGUCUCUCCGUGAACUACUCCCUGCUUGCUCUUGUACAGUAAGUUAUUUAACUGCAUGUCUCUAGGUUCUUUUACAAACACAACAUAACGUCCAUAAAGUGCAGUAUUGGAAAAAAAAACAUAUUUAUAUCUGUAGAUGGUUGCAUUUUAACAUUUUCAUAAAUUACCUGAUUUUUUUUAUUUUUUUUUUAAAUUGGCUUCGAAUUUCAUGUAUUGUAAAGCUUCUUGUUUAUAAACCAGUUUAUCAUCGUCAUUCCUCCCCCCCCCCCCUUCCAAUAGUUAAGUAAGGAUGUUGUAAAAGGUCUGCAGAGUGAUGGAUGGCGUCGACCAUGAGCUCAUGAGUGUCUUAUAGUGUCGUACGCACUUUUUAAAUCGUCAUUCAAAAUGCCUUACACUUCGGAGUGCUAGCAAGAAUCCCUUCAGUGACUAUUGAUUGGAGGCCCUGAACAGUGGUUGACUUUUUUUUUUUUUUUUUUUUUUUUUGGAAGAUCUGUUGUUUAUUCAUAUGUAGAUGGGGAGGGGGAUCAAGUUUCUAUUUGACACACAUCAGUAAUGUAUCCUUUGUUGUGCAUGAGAGCGUAAAUAGAGAGCAAUGUAACUUCUCUCCACAACAAACCUUCCCUCUGUUGCACACAAACAAGGAAUGACCAUGUAAGUCCUUCAGUGUUAAGGUGAGAUGAACAGUUUGACUGGGAUGACUGCCUUUUUUUUGGAUCGAACAAGUCUUUUAGCGGGAAUCCCGAGCUAGAGAAUGAAGUUUGUGUAGUCGUUCGCUCUGAACAAUGGAACAGCGCCAUCUUUUGAAAAGGAGUUACAAGAGACUUGACUACAGAGAGGAAAUAAUGUAAAUAUGCAGCAGUCGGUCUCUGAGAGAGGUUAUAACAGUACAAGUCUUACUCUUUCUGAGGAUAGACUUAACAUGGAGAGGGGGGGGGGGGGGGGACAUGCUAAAAAUGUAAGAGAAAAGAUGUAUUAAACACAUCAAAGUCUUGUGAAAAUAAAGACUGCAGAUAUUUAAAUACGA